AUGAACCCAACAAAUUUGAAAGAUUCUGCCAAACAAUCAACAACAAUUAAUACUAAUGGAAAGUUUCCUUCUCAACAACAACAUAAUAAUGAGAGUAGAUAUGAAUGUAAUCAAAGAGAGUUACAAAAUAAUCAAGUAAUUUCGAAUAAUGGACUUGAUAAAAAAAGUGUACCCGCAGCUAUAAAUAAUAAAGGAUUUAUUCAUAUGUUUGUGCGAUUAGCCAACUAUAAAUUAUGUCGCGAUUACCAUGCUAAAUUAGAUGCCACAACUCCAACUACCAUAUCUUAUGACCCAAGCACAAUCUCAACCUUGAAUGUUGAAGGCAUUGGUUAUUUUUAUGAUUAUUCUAAAGAUCAUGAACUCUUGAUAACGCAAGCAAAUGAUGCUCUAGCCACGAAUACAACAAUUCAAAUUCAUGUUAUUUCAACACAAAGUUCUGAUGUUCAAUUUGAGACAAGCAUUACGCCUACUGCUUACAACAUAAAUUUCAAAAAAGAUCGAUCUUGGAUACCAGGCUUGAGUAUUCCACCCAGAUGUGUUGUGAUCAGAGUUGAAGUGAUUUUACCUCAAAAAUUAACGAAUUUAUCGCCAAUAAAUGUUAAUUCAAAUAUUUUUAAUGUUAAAUUCCUACAAAAUACAAUAAACUCAAUUCCAUACCCCUACCCAAUAAAUUUUAAAACUACAAACGGCGACGUUGACAUUGAAAAUCUUUUAAUAACAAGCGCAUCGAUCCAAACCAGUAGUGGAGAUAUAAAAGGUUCAAUCACAUCGGUACGAAACGAAGUACAUAUCGAGUCAACAAGUGGCGACAUUGACGUUAGCGUUUAUGCCAACACCAAUGUGAUUGCUAACAUGGUAGGCGGAACGAGUCCAAGAAUUGGAUUGAAAAGCACCAAUGGAGACAUUGAUUUGCAAUUAAAUGUUUCAAAUGGCAUCGUUAAGCCUGUUAUUGAUGUCACUGCGACAAGUGGAGAUAUUGACGCAAAUAUUCUAUUGGCUAGUGGAAUUACUGAUAGUCAAAUUACUAUCAAUUCCACAAGUGGGGAUGUUGAAUUAAAUUUGCAACAUUCAUUCGAAGGACAAUAUGAAAUUAAGACUACAUCAGGUAACAUCGAUCUCAAUGUUGGGAAUGAUAAAGAUCAUAAUGGAUUAGGUAGAAUUGGAUCAUUAGAUUCACAAGGAUUUCUGAUUGUCCAGUCCACAAGCGGUGAUGUUGAAGUUAGAUUUUAA